UUGCGCGACAACUUUGCGUCAGCGGCUACUGGUUGGUGGCGUGCGUUCAGGAGGAAGAUCGCAAGGGGAAUGAAGCCGACCCGGCUGUCCCCGCCAGCCUCCCCUAUUACCCAGGAUAUAGUAUGCGCCGCGCGUUCCCUUUGUGCCUUCCUGGCGCAUUACACUUUAAGAGGAAAUCAACAAUUAGAUCGUGAUGGUUACGUGGUACUUGAAGACUUCCUCCGACCAGCAGAAUGUGACGAGCUCGUGGCUGCUGGUAUAGAGAUGACUAAACAGUCUCAGGAUACAUCACACAAAGCUAUAUUCUCAACCACCGAAAAUAACAAACAGCAACUAAAGGAUGACUACUUCAUGAAGAGUAACGACAAAAUCAGUUUUUUCCAUGAAGCCGAUGCCUUCGGUCCCGAUGGAGAGCUUCAAGUGGAUCCAGAUGUUUCAUUAAAUAAGGUUGGUCACGCGUUACAUCUUCUCCAUCCAAUCUUCAGAUGCUACACCUACAGUGAUAGAGUGAAAACUGUAUGCAAAGAACUGGGCCUCCAAGACCCGGCGGUGGUUCAGAGCAUGUACAUAUACAAGAACCCAGUGGUAGCCCACCAAGAUGCAACAUACCUUCACAGUGAGCCAAUACCGGCUGUGGGUUUCUGGAUAGCUCUUCAAGACGCGACAGUACAGAACGGCUGUCUCUGGAUGGCCAGCGGCUCACACAAAUCUGGUGUCCACCGGAGACUACUUCGGAAAUACGAUAACGAAUCGAAAGUAUCUCUAGAAUACGACAGACCAGCUCCUGUCUACCCUCAAUCAAGUUUCACGCCCGUGCCAGUCAGUAAAGGUACCUGCAUCCUAAUUCACGGGCUGGUCGUACACAAGAGUGCUCACAAUAAAUCUGAUAAAAGUCGCCACGCCUACACCUUCCAUGUGGUAGAGAGGCAUAACAACAAAUAUUCCGAAGAAAACUGGCUUCAGGAAGGCGAGAACGCGCCGUUCCUCAACGUAUACAGGACACCACAGAUUGUUUAA